AUGUCGUUUGGGCAGGGGAGAUGGUGGCGAGAGGUGGAGCCUCGAGGUUGGGUAGAAGGGCAGUACUUGAUGUCACCGAGGAGCGGGAAAAAGGAAGCUGAGGUUGUUACGCUCGGCUGCACGAGUCUGCACACCAGGCGAUGGGAGGAAGUUCAAAUUGAGGCUGUAGGAAGGCUCUGCGUACAACUAGCUAUAGGAGGCUCAUUGCUCUGGGGCCUGAAGGCUGCAGCAUUAAUGGUGCAGUGGCGAUCACAAUCAAGUUACUACUUGCCCGACAAUUCUCAGCGUACGGAAGCCAUUCUGCAGAUUUUCAUUGCUGCCAGGAUGAUUGCAAGAGAGAAAGGUGCCAUUGUUGUCGCCGUCGUUGACUCGAAUUCAAUGAGUGGAAAAGUUUCAUUCGAGCACAAGCUAUGGGCGACAGAACCAGCACGGGAUCCAAAAGAUCGGCUGCAAGCGCUCAUCACUUCCUCUUGUGACGUCAGCGUCAAUCUGUUCAAUACCGACCUGUCCUCCAAUCGUCGCAAGCGCCCGUCCGCAUCUUUCUGUUGCAACUUCAGGAACUGGGACUUCUCGUCUUUAAAGGUCGGCUGUUUGUUUUCGAGUUGUUCAUGGGCUACAAUCGCAGCGUUCAGUCUUGCCAGUGCGAACGGUAAAACAAAGCAAUUGGGGGUACCCGCUAGAUCCUUGACCGCCUUCAAGUCUUUGCCACUAGAUCCUGCGCUGAAGGACCAACUAGAAGUCCACAGGCGCCUCAAAGACGAGACGAAAAUCCCCAAGAUUUCUUACUUGAGGUCGAAGAAGCAGUGUUAUCGUGUUCUUAAAGCUCUCGUUCAGCGAUGCGAGGUUCGCGCUAGAGGUGAAAUGGUAAGAGAUGUCGCAGAUUUCAUGAUUGUUGCUACAGCUACGGGCCAUGACUCAAAUACUAGCGAAUAG